AUGACCAAAGAAAAUCUUUGUUUUAUAAUCAUGCGUCUUAUACCAUGUAGUGGUGCUCCAAUGCCACAAAAAAAAAAACCUUUCAGAUAAGUAUCAUCUUUUGCUUCUUGACAUUUUCCAGAAUGGAUAUUUAUGCAGCGAGUUUUAAUUUCCACACCUUUCUGGCUAUCCAUGCUGUAUUUCUUGUGUUUCUAUUCUCAUUUUCUCUCCAUCGUGCAGCUGCAGCUGCUUUUCAUGGCAAUGAAACUGAUAAACUUGCCUUACUUGGAUUCAAGUCCCAAAUAACUGAGGACCCAUCAAGAGUUUUUGACUCUUGGAACGAAUCUGUUCAUUUCUGCCAGUGGACUGGAGUAAAAUGUCGCCUGAGAAAGGAAAGAGUCACCCGUUUGAAUCUAAAAGGUCUGAGGCUUGCAGGUACGAUCUCAGGUAAUCUAGGAAACCUCUCAUUUCUCAAUUCUCUUGACCUAGCAGAAAAUGCCUUUCAUGACGAAAUUCCUCGGCAACUCAGCAGGCUGUCAAGGCUUCAAUACCUGAAUUUGAGUUCUAACUAUCUAACUGGGGAAAUUCCAGCUAAUCUAUCACAUUGUGUUAAACUCAAGAGCCUUGUCCUGGAACACAACACCCUUGUGGGACAGAUACCUAACCAAGUUGGAUCUUUAACGAAGUUAGUGAAAUUGUAUCUCAGAAAUAACAACCUAACAGGAGUCCUUCCAGGUUCUGUUGGAAAUCUUACAUCUUUAGAAGAGUUGUAUUUAUCGCGUAACAAUCUAGAGGGAGAAGUGCCAGCUUCUCUAGCUCGAUUGAACAAGUUAAGGUUGCUUGAAUUGUCAGUGAAUAGCUUAUCUGGGGAGUUCCCUCCUUCGCUAUACAAUUUGUCAUCCCUGGAAAUAAUAUCACUUCCUCUUAACAACUUUUCUGGAAAUCUCAGAUCCGAUUUAGGCCACUACUUCCCUAAUCUCCAAAUACUUAACUUGGGAAACUGUCAUUUGAUUGGCUCCAUACCAUCCUCUUUGGCCAAUGCUACAAAAUUGCUACAGCUUGAUAUUCCUGUAAACAAUUUCACUGGAAAUAUACCUAAGGAUUUUGGUAACUUGCAGAAUUUGUUGUGGCUCAAUGUUUGGAGUAACCAUCUUGGAUUCGGUAAGCAUGAUGACCUUGACUUUGUAAAUUCUCUUACCAACUGCAGCAGUCUGCAAAUGCUCCAUUUCGGAGACAACCAGUUUGGAGGUACAUUACCCCUUUCAACAGUCAACCUUUCUAGUCAGUUACAACGCUUACUCUUCUUCGGAAACAGAAUUGGUGGAAGCAUACCCAGAGAUAUCUCAAACCUGGUGAAUUUGAAUCUACUCCACAUGGGUUCCAACAAUCUUUCAGGCAGCAUUCCAGAUUCUAUUGGAAGACUUAAAAACUUGGGAGGUCUUGUCUUGAUUAACAAUCUCCUGACAGGGUUAAUACCUUCUUCAAUAGGAAACCUCACCGGACUCGUGUAUCUUUUUUUGGGACUUAACAGGUUAGAGGGUAACAUACCUUCAACAUUGGGAAACUGUAACCAACUGCUAAGAUUAAGCAUUUCUGAAAACAACCUGACUGGAACUAUACCACAACAACUUAAUGCUCUCUCAUCCCUCACAGAUAUUUUUGCAUCUUAUAACCAUUUGAGUGGUCCAUUACCGGUGUAUAUUGGUAACUGGAGUCAUCUUACUUAUCUCGAUAUAUCUUACAACAAUUUUUCGGGUAUGAUUCCACGAACACUGGGAAAAUGCUUGGCCUUGGCGGAGAUCUAUAUGAAGGGAAACUCCCUCCAAGGUACCAUUCCCGAUUUAGAAGAUUUGCAGGAUCUCCAGUCCUUGGAUCUUUCCCUCAAUAACCUAUCAGGGCCAAUCCCUCAAUUCAUUGCAAAUCUUACUUCCUUGCACUCCUUGAACUUGUCUUUUAACAAUCUAGAGGGUGAGGUUCCCAUCACUGGAAUAUUUUCAAACUUGAGUGCAGAUAUAUUUGUUGGGAACUUCAAGCUUUGUAGUGGGAUUCAAGAGCUGCAUUUACAACCUUGUAUUUAUCAAAAAACUCAGAAGAAACGGAAGAAGCAUGUACUUGCCCUCAAGUUUAUUUUGACAGUUGUUUUUGCUACUUCAUUUUCAGUCCUGGCCUUGUUAGUAAUUUUCGUUUUUUGGAGAAGAAAUCUCAAAGAUCAUCCAGCACCAGAAGAUGGGUCUAAAUCUGCACGUUUCUACCCCAAUAUAUCUUAUGAUGAUCUACGCACUGCAACUGACGAAUUUUCUCCUGAAAAUCUUAUUGGCUCUGGCGGUUUCGGAACUGUUUACAAGGGAACUUUUGCCUCUGACGGGAUGGUCGUAGCUGUCAAGGUACUCAAACUUCAGCAUCAAGGUGCAUCAAAAAGCUUCAUAGCUGAAUGCCAAGCAUUGAGAAACAUUAGGCACCGGAACCUUGUCAAGGUCAUCAGCGUAUGCUCAAGUACUGAUUUCGAUGGUAAUGAUUUCAAAGCUUUAAUCUUUCAGUUCAUGCCAAAAGGGAACUUGGACAAAUGGCUACAUCCAGAAAAGGAGAUACAUGAAAAGAGUAGCUUGACCAUACUUCAGAGAAUGAAUAUUAUAAUAGAUGUGGCCUCUGCACUUCAUUACCUUCACCACGACUGCCAAACACCCAUGAUUCACUGUGAUAUAAAACCACAGAACAUUCUUCUUGAUGAAGAUCUCACAGCUCAUCUGGGUGAUUUUGGUUUGGUGAGACUCGUUGCUGAAUUCAGUAAUGGACAGGAUCUGCAUCAGUUUAGCUCACUUGGAGUUAUGGGAACUAUUGGCUAUGCAGCUCCAGAAUACGGCAUGGGUAGUAAGGUCUCCAUUUUAGGAGAUAUGUACAGUUUUGGGAUUCUAAUAUUGGAGAUAUUCACUGGAAGAAGACCCACAGACACUUUCUUCCAAGCAAGCUCUGGUCUCCAUCAUUUUGCAGAAACAGCAUUGACAGAGAAAGUUAUGGAGAUUCUAGAUAAAACAGCUUUCCAUGGAAAGAUGAUGAGUAAAGCAACCGAUGGAGAAGACUACUGGGGCAGUAUAUCGAAAGAAAAGAUGGAAUGCUUGGUUGGCAUAAUUGAGAUUGGAGUUGCAUGCUCAGCUGAAUCCCCAAAAGAUAGAUUGACCAUGAGACAAGUUUACAAUACGUUGACACAAAUAAGAGAAAAGUUUCUGCGGAAGGGAGAUUGAGGCCACGGGCUGCAAGUGAAAGCAUUAGAUUUGAUCUAAAAUGUUUUGUUAGUCUUACAUUCUGUUUGUUUGGUAAGAAAAUAUUGUAGUCUUAAAAAAGAACUUGAAGUCGUCGUAUUAUUUUUAGCAUGCAGAAGAACUAAGGUAAUAUCAGAUUUCUUGAGAUUUAA